UAAUAAAGAUAUUAAAUGAAAUAUUUUGUGAACAAAUCACGAUUUAUUUAAACUUAAAAAGAUAUUUAUUAAAUAUUAUCACAGAAAUCUUAGUGUUAUCUGUCGUCACAUUUUUUUACGAAAACCAGCCUUAAGGGAUAGGCUAGAAGUAUAAAACAGAUAAAAUUUAGAGAAAAUUCUAUCAUCUUCAUCUGUUAUGGAUAUGGUGACCACAAAUUUACAACAACAACGGCAAAUCACAGAGCAGCUACGUCGCGAAGCUGCUUUAAAACGAAUUACGGUUAGCAAAGCUGUUGAAGAUAUCAUGAAAUAUAUUACAGAACACGAACAAGAAGAUUAUCUAUUGGUUGGUUUUUCAUCACAAAAAUCUAAUCCCUUUCGUGAAAGAAGUUACUGUACCAUUUUUUAA